CCUCCGCUCGCCGCUUCCCGCAAGUCCCCGGGACCUUUCUGGCUACUUCAUCGCCUGGCGAAGAGGGGGACCGAAAAACACGCGAUCGCCGGCUCGAGAGCGCAUGGAAGCGCGGCGCGGCGCUGCUCCGCCACCACCAUGGACGGCUACCCGGAGCGCAGCCCCAACGGUGAGAACCUCCUGGGUAACAACACCAUCCUGCGCCACCCGGCCUGGCUCACUGACCUCGAUUCCCGACUGCGGAGCCAAGAGGAGGAGCUGACGCUGGUGAAGUCGGCGUUGGCAGACGCGUUGCGGAGGCUCAGUUUCUACGACCAGCAGAUCCCUCUGCUCAGGCAACAGCUGCUUGAAGCAAAUUCUGGUCUGUCAGAUGCCAAAGAUCCUACACUCCUUCAUCAAGACAAUGGUGCCUUAUGGAGCCUGCCUGCUGCUUUCUCCAAUGAUUCUUUCAGGUCCACUAUUGCGCAGCAACCUGGCGGCUACAGGGAGUCAGUGCCUUCAGCUGAAAUGGCCCAGGGCUCACCAAGGGUCAGCGUUGGGACGCAAACAGAGGAGUCCUCCAUGCUGGAGGCAAAGCAGAGCCAGUACCUAAGCAACGGGCAUCUUAAGCAUACAGAGAGCUCAGUGGUUCAAGGACGAACAGACCAAGCCCCUUCCACCUUUGAACAGACAGGCUUCACAGAGGGCUUAGCCAGUGGAGGCCCUCUGGAGCCCGUUAAGAACUCCUUUGGGUUGCAGGCCGAGGGAGGAAGAGACCCAGGAUUUGCCUUGGAGUUGCAAAAUGUUCAGGAGGAACCCCAGGCUAGAGGCCCUGGUUGCCACCUUCCUAGGACUUGCCCCCACGAAACUCAAGAUGUCGGGGAGCCUCCCCCUGAAGACAGCAGAGACAAAAUCUCCGGCGUGGGGCAGUCCCAACCCCCAGUUCAGUCGCUGAGUCAGCUGCCAGCAUCCCCUGAGCCUCCGUUGGAAGUGGGGAGCAGCAACAACAGCACCCCUGCCUCACCGGUCCCAGCUGUGCAGAGUUUGAUGUCCAGCAAGAAAGAGCUACUGCGGAGAAACAGCUCCUCUGACAAACCCUCCAAAACCAAGCAGCGCCUCUCCAAGAAGGCAGCAUCCUCAGCCAACCUCUUCAACCACUCCAGCAGCUUUGAGAACCGAACAAAGGAUCCCUCCCUAAGUCCAGGGCCACUGAGCGCUCGACGGAUGCAUCAAGAAGGACGUUCCACGAAGAUGUUCCUGCGUGGCCGCCCCAUCACCAUGUACAUCCCUUCUGACUUCCUCAACUACGAGGAGCUGCGCAUGGAGCUGCCAACGGAGAAGCUGAAGCUGGACUGGGUAUAUGGGUACCGGGGCCGUGACUGCCGCUCCAACCUCUACGUGUUGACGUCAGGAGAGCUGGUCUACUUCAUUGCCUGUGUGGUUGUGCUGUAUCACGUGCAACAUCGCACACAGCGCCACUACCUGCGGCACACUGACUGCGUGCGCUGCCUAGCAGUGCAUCCUGACAAAGUCCGUGUUGCUUCGGGGCAGAUGGCUGGUGUGGACAAGGAUGGCAAGCCUCUGCAACCCUCUGUUCACAUCUGGGACUCGUCCAACCUUAACACCCUGCUAGAAAUUGGUCAGGGCAGCUUUGAGAGAGGAGUUGGUUCCCUUGCUUUCUCCACGGCUGACGAGGGGGCAUACUUAUGUGUGAUAGACGAGUCCAACGAGCACAUGCUGUCUGUCUGGGAUUGUGCUCGUGGUACCAAGCAGGCUGAAAUCAAGAGUACCAAUGAAUCUGUCCUGACAGUGGAGUUCAACCCCCAAGACAGCAGCAACAUAAUCACCACUGGGAAAUCUCAUGUCUAUUUCUGGACCUGGAGCGGAAACAGCCUAACAAAGAAACAGGGAAUCUUUGGGAAAUACAAGAAACCCAAGUUCAUCCAGUGCUUUGUGUUCGACACCAACAGUGAUGUGCUGACCGGAGACUCGGAGGGCAACAUCCUGACUUGGGCCAGGGUGCCUGCUGACAUCCGUACACUGGGCAAGGGGGCGAAAGAGACAUACCAGAUCAGCAAGCAAACGCGAGCCCACGAAGGCAGCAUCUUCUCUCUCUGCCUGUGCCGUGAUGGCUCGGUGCUCAGUGGGGGCGGCAAGGACCGGCGCCUGGUCCGGUGGAGCCCCAGCCUCUCCCUGCUGCAGGAGGUGGAGAUUCCAGAACAAUUUGGUGCCGUCCGCACCAUUGCCGAGGGUGACGGAGGGGAGCUGCUGGUAGGGACCACGCGCAACGCCCUGCUGCGGGGGAGCUUGGCAGAGGGCUUCCGGCCCAUCAUCCAGGGGCACACGGACGAACUGUGGGGGCUGGGCACUCACCCUUCGCAGGACCUUUUUGUCACUUGCGCCCAUGACAGGCAGCUCUGCAUGUGGGAUAGUGGGGAGCACACGCUGGCUUGGAGCACCACGCUGGAGGAGACAGGGCUCUGUGCUGACUUCCAUCCAAGUGGGAAAGUGGUCACAGUCGGGUUCAGCUCUGGACGAUGGGUGGUGCUGGACACAGAGACGCAACAAGUGUUGUCGGGCUACAUAGAUGGGAAUGAGCAGCUCUCAGUAGUGCGCUAUUCGCCAGAUGGGGAGUUCUUGGCCAUUGGCUCCCAUGACAAUUUCAUUUAUAUCUACAGCGUAGAGGACAGUGGGCAUAAAUACACCCGCUUUGGCCGCUGCACGGGACACUCCAGUUUCAUCACACAUCUGGACUGGUCCAAGGAUGGGAAAUUCAUCAUGUCCAAUUCUGGGGACUAUGAAAUCCUGUACUGGGAUGUGGCCGGGGGUUGCAAGCUGCUGAGGAACCGCUUUGAGAACAAGGACCGUGAAUGGGCCUCAUAUACUUGCGUGCUGGGCUUUCAUGUUUUUGGGGUGUGGCCUGACGGAUCGGAUGGCACCGACAUCAAUGCACUUUGCCGCUCCCACAACGAGCGGGUGGUGGCUGUUGCAGAUGAUUUCUGCAAGGUGCACCUCUUCCAAUACCCUUGCGCCAAGCCCAAGGCACCAAGUCACGUCUAUGGGGGCCAUGGGAGCCACGUCACCAAUGUGCGUUUCACGCACAACGAUGGCCACCUUAUCUCCAUGGGGGGCAAGGACACCAGCAUCUUCCAGUGGCGAGUGGUGGGUGGCAGCCUUGCCCGCAGCCAAUCCCUCUCUUCUGCCUCAGUCUCCUCCCAGGAUGCUGGGGUCAGCACCUGAAGCCAGCGGGAAGGG